CAUGAGUGGUGUACAACCACUGACGUAGUUGCAUUGUACAGAUAAUGGCGUGUGCAUCGGAAGUACAAAAUAUAUCUGGAUUAACAAACACUAAAUGUGGCCCUUGUCAAGUAAGAGAGAGGGAUAGGCCACCACAGUAUUGGUGUAUGUCUUGUGAAGAGGGUCUUUGUGAUGAAUGUUAUGAGAACCACAAGGCAAUAAAAGUAUCGAGACAUCAUUCUGUUGUCCCUGUUGAGUCAUCUGAAACAUUUCAUAAUUUGAUCUCCACAUUCCAGACAGAAUGUCAUAUCCAUGACAGUCCGUUUGAGUUGUAUUGCCCAAGUCAUGAAACACCUUGCUGUUCCGAAUGUGCUGCCAUGAACCACGCUAGCUGUUUGGGUAUAACUCUAUUCCAUACAUUUGUUAGUGAUAUUAAGUAUUCAGAUAAAUUGGACGACCUCGAUAAGAAUAUAGGAACUGCUUUGGAAAACAUAGAAAAACUGAUAGAAAUUCAUAGAAAUAAUUUGCAGCAACUGGAAAGUCAAUAUAAGGGAGAGUUUAAAUUGUGUGAUAUUGAUGGAAAUUUAAAUGCUUCUAAAUUUAAACUUCAAACAAAAUUUCAACAGUCGCUCCAGAAGCAGAAAAUUGAAAUAGAAAAAGUUAUGUCAGAACUUAAUAGAAAAAGAAAAAUGAUAGUAGAAAAUCGAAAUAAUCUAACCCAGCUGAAACUUUGUGGCACUGAUACACAAGUGUUUCUUUUGAUAAAACGAAUAGAAGAAAUUUUGGUAGACGAUUUGAAUGCACCUAAUGCUAUGUUAAAUGCACAGUCUAGGAAACAGACAUAUUCACCAAAGGAAGAGAAGGAACAUUUGAAAAAAAUAUUCACAGUAAAGAGAUUGAACAAGGAGUUUACCAAUUAUAGAAAAUUCCUCAGUUCUGUAAUUGACUACCAAGAAUCUGACAAACCGAGGAGCGUGAGGUUAACUUGGAGUAUGAAGAUCACAAGUUCUAUGGACCCAAACGAUAUGAUGAAAGAAAUAAAGAAAGUUUUAGACGUCAAUAACUAUGAUUAUGAACAAAGAGGAAAAUAUUUACUUUUAUGUGUCCGUGGUGACCGGAAUACAGACAGUUUAGUAGAAUGGGAAAUGGAAGUGUGCGUAUUACCUAGACUUGCGCUUAAUGGUGUACGCUUUGAUAUAAUUUCGGGCCCUUCAAUAGAAUACAAGAACACGGUUUCAAAAAUCACCAAUGAAUUGAAACUUUGA